AUGGACCCGGACUGUGCCAUCUGCCAAGCCCCUGCCAACCUCCAGUGCGACUGCGAGGCGAAGGGCCUUGAGCAGGCUGUCCGGCAAGCAGAGGAUCGUAUGAUGGCAUCGAUGUACCAACAAAUACGUACUUGGGUGCGAGGACAUGCUCAAGAUUAUAUACUCGAGUAUUUCAGGCUGAUGACGGAGCGGAGGAAAGCUUCACACGCACAACAUCUGGAACGUUUAACAGCACAUGCUUACCACUACUAUCACGCACCCCCGCAUCCGAACGAGAUCGCGGUAGCCCAGGGAGCCCUGAAGCGAGGAAUCGACGAGGAUUGGCAAGCUAGCGUCCAGCGGUACCCAGAGGUGCUGGAGUACUUCUUCAACCUCGUCGACCUGACGCUUCCUAGUGACGACGACCCAGCUGUCAAGGAUCCGCCUCUGAGUGCGUUGAACGGCGGAUCUCGGAAGUCUGGAAGGCGGGCUUCGACUGUAGCACCGGAGAGCUUCCACGAGAGGGAGCGUAACGUCCACCUCUCCAGGAGAACGCCGCCGCCGAACGUAGGAAACCCAAUGGCACCACCCCCAGGCUCACGAAGACAUCCGGGCUUUCGAGCCCCACCGCCUCCUCCGACGAUGAGUUAUGGUUAUGGUGGUGGUUAUUGA